CAAUUACAGCAAUUGUGAACUACGUCCUACUUCCCUGUCGACUGCUUCAAUAGUACUUGACAGUUACUGCCAGAUCAGCCAUAAAUUGAUGCAAGCCACUUCAGUGUUUUAUUGAUUAUUAUUUGAAGGCAAACAUUAGUCCCUGACAAAAUGCAAUCCAUCCCAGACCUAAUAAAAAAUAAAAGAGACGGCAAGGAGUUGAGUACAGAAGAAAUCCAAACUUUCAUCAAUGCUGUUACAAACAAAACAAUACAAGAAUGUCAAAUGGGAGCCAUGCUCAUGGCUAUUUGGCAAAAGGGCAUGACUGACAGAGAGACCCAGGACCUCACGCGAGGAAUGAUGUCAUCGGGCGAAGUGAUGUCAUGGCCCUUGGAGUGGGCGGGGCGUGUGGUUGAUAAACAUUCCACUGGAGGAGUUGGGGAUAAAGUCAGCCUGGUGUUAGCUCCUGCAUUAGCUGCGUGUAACUGUAAGGUGCCCAUGAUCAGUGGGAGGGGACUGGCACAUACAGGAGGCACUCUGGAUAAGCUUGAAUCAAUUCCUGGGUAUAACAUUAACAAAAAACCAUCAGAGAUUCAGAAGAUUCUGGCCUCAGUGGGCUGUUGCAUUGUUGGUCAGACUGAGACACUGGUUCCUGUGGACAGAGUUCUGUACGCUCUAAGAGAUGCUACUAGCACUGUGGACAGCCUACCACUCAUUAAUGGGUCUAUUAUCUCAAAGAAGGGGGCAGAAGCUUUAUCAUCUCUAGUGCUUGAUGUAAAGUUUGGAAGAGCUGCUCUAUACAAAGAUCUAGGCAGUGCCAAAGAACUAGCAGAGUCAUUGGUAAAGACUGGGAAUGGUUUGGGUAUCCGUACAGUGGCGGUCCUAAGCAAAAUGAAUUCAACAAUUGGUCGAUAUGUGGGUAACAGUCUAGAGGUGAUUGAGUCCCUGGAGACACUAAAAGGGAAUGGUCCUGAUGACCUGAUGGAGCUGGUGACAACAUGUGGGGGCCUGUUGCUAUUGAUGACAGGUGAGGUAUCCAAAUUAUCAGAGGGCAAAACUAAAAUCUCUAAUGCUGUGACCAGUGGAGCUGCCCUUUCAAAAUUUCAGGCCAUGCUAGAAGCCCAAGGCGUGGCCAAAGAGAUGGCUCAACACCUUUGUUCAAAUACAGACUAUUAUCAAGUCCUGAGAAAAUCUAAGUACUACACUGAACUGAAGAUACAGAAAAAUGGUGUGGUUGUGGAUAUAGAUGGCAUGUGUUUGGCCCAAAUCCUCCAUAAACUGGGAGCAGGACGAACCAUUGUUGGUGAAAAAAUUAAUCACAGUGUAGGUGCUGAGCUCCUGGUGUCGCUGGGUGACAAGGUGUCAAAGGAUUUGCCCUGGUUGAGGCUUCACUAUGAGACACCAGCUCCAACUGAAGAACAAAUAGCCCAGCUGCAGAACAGUUUGGUCAUAUCAGAGAAGAACACAAAAUACCAGAAACAAAAUUUAGUUCAAGAAAUUAUCCCGCCUGGUUGGUUUUGAAGCACAAUUUAUGCUGUCAGCUGCAAAUUAUAUAAUGUAAUCAAAGAAUGCUUGCACCAAUAAAAUACAUAUUUCCUUAAACUAAGUGUAGUUGACUGUAAGACUAAUAUAAAAAAAUCCAUUAAGACUAAAACCAAGGAAUCUGAAAUUAGAUACAAAAAGUAUAAAAAUAAAUUAACAGAUAUAAUGAGGAAAUGUAAGAAAAACUACUAUAGGACUUAAACAAUAUUAAAGGCUUCUGGAAAGUAUUAAAUGAGAUCAUUGGUGCAAGGCCAAAAAACAAUUGCAUUGCUGAAUAUUAUAAACACAAUGAUAAGACAAUCGUAAACAUGCAAGAAGUGGCUGAAGGAUUCAAUAAGUACUUUGUCGAGAUUGGGCCAGAACUUGCCAAAUCAAUUCAACCGCCUAUAUUCAAAAACUAUGCUACUAAAGAAGGAUCAUAGUAAAACUAUGAAUACUCAUCAAUUUGUUGGUUGUUAACAAUUCUCUGUCAUUCAUUAUCUACUGCCGCAAUGUACUUUGUAUGAACUGCAAUUUAGUGAGUCUUUAAUCUCCGUACACAUUAUGCGCACACAUUACAUGCAUGCACAUGCACACCCGGUGUGUAUGUGCAUGUGUUUGAAUGAUACACACAUACACUUUACUUGCAUACACAUGCACACGCACACCCGGUGUGUGUGGGCAUGUGUGGAUGUUAUACACAUACACACUACAUACAUACACACUCACAGAUGGUGAAGGAAUGUAUCUAUGUUUGCUACUGCAAUGAAAUCUAAAUGGUGUGACUUAGUUAAAUAUGGGGGGUAAGCGCUCACAAGUAUUUUACUUUUGCUUACUCCUUUUGAGCAUUGUACAAAACUUGGGAUUUGGGUGUACACUGUUUUUUUUGUUUUUGUUUUUUUUAUUAUGUCUGCUCUGCUCAAAUAAACAAUAUUCAUUCAUUCAGACU